CAUAAACCAGUAGCACAGGAGGUGUUUUCCAGUGUGUGUUUGUCUAGAUAUUGUCUUCCGUUUUUACCAGCUAAUGAAAUCCAGCAGAUGAUGAGACAUUUUGGAACAGCACAAGACACGACUGACCUGCGACAGACAUUACAGGAGAAACAGCAGAAGGUCAAUCAGCUUGCUAAAGCAACAGACAAAUGCAUGAAAGAUUACAGUGCUUUACCUGUGACCACAGAACAGAGGCAAAGAAAAAUCCAGCGAGAACGUCUCAUCACUGAAUUCUCCAAUGCGCUGGCCCUUUUCCAGAAAGCUCAGCGAGAGGUAGCAAAGAAAGAGAAGGAGUUUGUGGCACGUGUCCGAGCGAGCACGAGAAUUUCAGGUGGCGAUUUAGAUGAUGGGUUUGGAGGAUUUCCAUCACCCUUUCAAAGUUAUAUUUUUGUACCUAUGGCGGAGUGUAGGAUACCUAAAGCAGACUAA